GUUAGCACGUUUAAAGACGCAAUUUUAAUCCUUCCGGGUUGGGAGACAAGCUGCCCAUGGCUCUUGCCGAACCGGGAUUGGCUGGGAUUCUCUCUUGCUGUGCCGGCUAUAUAAAUGCAGGUUGUUGCUGGAGGUUCAGCACUACUUUGUGUUGUCAGGUACCACUUUGCUGACCUCGCGGGCAGUAACGAUGCAGCGGGCGUGGACAGUGCAGAGAUUCUGAGCGUGGAACCCGUCAGCAGUGGGCAGCUUACACUGCAAGAUCCCAGCAGCGCCUGGUUCCUCUCCGGGAGGCAGCAGGUGGCGAAGUUCAACGAGGGGGCAAGGAAUACUGUGACAAUUCACCUGGCCCUGUUCAGACUCCCACAGUACUCCACUGAUAUCCUCAUUACAUUCAAUGAUCCGACAGUAAUCAGUCCUUUCAGCAGCAGCGUGGGUGGGAGCUCUGCACAGGCAGGAGGUUCCUCUGCCAGCGCUGCCCCCCACUGGACCCUGGAGCAGUUCCGCACCAUCAUACAGUCCUUCAGCCUCCUGGAUCCAACCAUCUUCUCCUGAACGCACCUGCCUUGUGGUCAGACCUCACACCGCGGAGAUGGCGAGAGUCUCGUUCCUCAUCCACUUGCUCACCGAUUGAGGCAAACUCUAUUGUGGACGGAUAUGCGGGCGGAUUGGAAGUCUUGGAAGGGCACUUUCAUCGAAAAAGGAUGAGGUAUCCAUGCUGCUAGAUAGUACAGGCCUGCGUAGGAACAGGAGGAGACCACUCAGACCCUGUACGACCUUCCAUUGAAAUUCAUGGCUGGUCUGAGACCUAACCGCCCAUACCAUCGCUUGCUAUAUUUCUUUACACUUUUGGUCAUCAAAAGGAAAAUCUCAGCUUUAAAAAUCAACAGUUGACCCUGCAGCAGCGAUAUUUGUGGAAGAGAAUUCCAAGUUUCCAUCACCUUCACUUUGUCAAAGUGGUUGCUCCUGAAAGGGCUGGAUCUCAUUUUCAUUCUCUGCCUCUGAGUCUGGGAUUUUCCAACCCACCUGAAGCGAUUUGUCCCUCUCCACUGUGUUUGUUUCUCUCUAUAUCUUGAAAGCUUUGAGGACGCCACCCUUUAAUCUUCGAAAUUCCGAAAGACAUACGAGCAGAAAUUAGGCCAUUCAGCCCAUCCAAAUCCAUGAACUGUUGUAAUGCUGCUGUGAAAACAAAUAAUCAGGGCAGUGAAUUGUGAAGCCAUGUUUGCA